AUGACAACUCCCACCCCUCCCAAUCCCAUCACCUUCUUCGACAUCACCCUCGGCGGCGAACCUCUCGGCCGCAUCAAAAUGGAACUAUUCCACGACAUCGUCCCCCGCACCGCAGAGAACUUCCGCGUCUUCUGCACCGGCGAAACCAAAGACCAUCUCGGCAAGCCCGUGGGAUACAAAGGCUCGAAAUUCCAUCGUGUGAUUAAAGAUUUCAUGUUGCAAGGAGGAGACUUUAAGAAUGGAAAUGGAACCGGGAGCGCCAGUAUUUACGGGACGGAAUCGUUUGCCGAUGAGAAUUUUAUCAGGAAACAUGAUGGGCCGGGAAUGUUGAGUAUGGCGAAUUCCGGACCAAACACCAACGGCAGCCAAUUCUUCAUCACGACGGUUGCCACUCCCCAUCUCAAUGGGAAACACGUCGUCUUUGGCAAAGUGGUCGAAGGUCUCGAUGUCGUCAAAAAAAUCGAAAACGUGCGUACGAAGAAUGAUGCUCCCGUCCAGCCCGUGGUCAUUGCCCAAUGUGGUGAAAUGUAAAAAAGACAAGGAAAAAAAAACAACAAAGAAAAAAAAAAUAAGAAAGAAAGCAUAUCGAAGCAUAUCGGACGAGCUCGAUUCGCUCUACUACUGGGAGAGUUCCCUUGAACUCUACGCGGAAGAGAAAAAGUAUGUGGAUGCACGUGCGAUCAUGAGACGAUUCAGUACCUACCAGUCCAUCGCCAUAUUACUCCGAUCACCAUGAAAGCAAGGGGUUGGCUACAUGCAUUAUUCCAACAAUUAUCACAUCGCAGUCGAAACAGCGAUCGAACGGAAUCUGCUACUGCGCGAGCCAGUGAAGGAAGUGAAGAUGUGGAUGAACACUAGAUUGGUAGGAGGUAGUCGAGCAAUUGCAAUCGGCAACUCAUCAAGGCCCAAGGGAGAUUGAAGACGAGAGAAAGAGAGAGAGAGAGAGAAAAAAAGGCAAGUAAAGUGGUAAGCACGUAUCGUAUCGUAUCCUAGCCACAAAUACUGGUGUUACGUUUCUUCGCCAGAGGGGGGGAAAAUUAAUACGCACAUCAGAAAAUGGCGCAGAAAGUUGAAGUUGAAGAAAAAGUAUUGAUAAGGUAACCAUAAAGCCACGUGCCAUUCUCGAUAUGUCAAAAAAACAUUUACCCUCUUCCCCUCCCCUCUCUCUACAUAUUCGAACGCCUUGCUGCGUAAGUAUAUGUAGGUAGGCAUGUUUUUUCUUUCUCUCUCUCACACACAACAACCGGAAAUCUUGGGCCUCGUUUGUGGCAUGCAGCCAAAAGAUCAAUCGUCAUCCAACAUCAUCACACACACAUACAUUAUAUUCCACUCUUCUAUCCGAAGAGCUUUGCGCAACCCCAGAAUUGCUCAAUGUUGUACGCACCCGGUGCUUUCCACGUGUCAUCCUCAAAGGAGAAGAUGGCUGAUUUGCUUCCGACCUUGGCAACGAUCGAGUCAAUUGCUUGCUUCUGCUCGGCCGCGCCGGGAACAGCAGCACCGUUGGCCUGUCCGUUGCUUGGCCAGCCAGUUUCCAGAUUGUAUGCCUCGAGUUUACCACCGCAGCACGCAGAAAGGUCUUGGAGUUGUUGAGCAACGAGAUCUCCAGCUCCGGACGCGCUGACUUGACCGUUGAAGAAGGGGUGCAAGUUCGCGCCGAUGACGUCGACGACUGGGCAGAGAGUGGAGGCGUAUUGUUGAAUGACAUUAAGAGGCUCCGUGGUGGUGACAGGACCAUUGUAACCAGCAGCUUGCAAGACACUCUUGGCUUCCAUGAUAAAGUUGGCCAUUUCGGGAGCCGUGGUGAAACCUCCAAAGAUUGCUUCAUUGCCUGCGACGACCAUUUCGACCAUGCCCCAGUUUCCAUUCGGACCCCAUUGGGCCAGGUGGUUGAGUUGAUCGUGCGCGGCUCCCAUACCUUUGCCAUCGAUGAAGAUGCCGAGGAUCAUCUUCAUACCAAUUGCUUUGCAGGCUGCGCCAACAUUCUCCGCACCCUGGCAGUCCGUAGCGUAAAUGCGCACCGUCGAGAAGCCCUUGGAUUUGAUGCUGUUGAUGUCAUUGCUCACUUCGUCAGCAGACUUGCAACCACCGUCGGCUGUGUACGGGGUGUAGGUCAUGGCCCAUUUGUCUCCGGUCGGUGCACCUGGAGGGCUGACAGGACUCUUUGGGGUUUCUGGCUGCGGUGCUGGCUUGGGGGGCGGGCUUGGCGCCUCUUCAGGUUUAGCUGGCGGCUUGGAUGGAGCGGGCGGAGGAGGUGGCGGCUUGACUGCGUCCUUUGGUGGUGGAGACUGAGCGGGAGGUGCUGGCUUUGGAGGUGCUGCUGGAGUAGACGGCUUGGGUGUCGAUGUUGUCGUGCUUGAAGUUUUAGAUGCCGAGCUCGAAGUUUUGGAUGUCGAGCUCGUAGUUUUGGAUGUCGAGCUCGUAGUUUUGGAUGUCGAGCUCGUAGUUUUGGUUGUGGAGCUCGAAGUUUUGGUUGUCGAGCUCGAAGUUUUGGAUGUUGAGCUCGAGGAUGAUGUCAAGAUCGGAACCAUAGUCGGCGUACCAUACCAAUACGUGGUAUAGGUGGUGCAGCCACAUUCAGUCGCAUUUGGCUUCGGCGCCGACGCAAUGGGCGUAUGCGGCUCGUCGUGUUUCGGUGGAACUGGAGGGUACUGCGCAGGCCCGGCCGGGGUCUCAGGAGGAGGAGGACCGUAGGUGGGAGGUGACAAGGCCUUCCUGUGCAGAUGGUUCUUGUGCACAUGUUCGUGGUGCUGCAAGUUCGCGGCCUGGACCGAAGCCAUCAGACCGGACGCGAACAGCGCCACCGCAGCGAAGUAGACCAUGGCUAUGGUAAGUGGUGAGAGCCGCUGAAGGAGUGAAGCGGCUGUCGUAUAACGAGUGACUCGGGUAGGUGGUGGUGCUGGUGGUGGUGGAGGAGGAGGAGGGGAAUGGUAUGGCACGGCGACGACGACGACGAGGGGGACAACCACGCCGCGCGCGCAGGAAAUUGCACCUACCUAUACUCAUGUCCAGGCAUACCGCCCCUACCGGUCUGGCCAGCAGCGCGCUGGGGGCCGGGUGUUGUUGGCAUGUCAGAUUGUCAGUCCGGCGGAUGAUAGUUUGAUUGCAGAGAAGAUGGCUGCUGGAGAUUCGUCCGAAAGGACAUGGAUAGAUCGUCCCGUCGGGGUCGGGACGGGCCGUCGGUGCAAUAUCUGUACCCCGGCGACCAUCGUUGUCUGUAUACCCUUUCAGGCUUUUCUGCCUCCGCUUCGGUAUUCGUUCACGCCCAUAGUAGGUAGCGCAG